AAAAUGUGAAAGCGAAGAAGAAACCUUGGAUCCAAAAAGUUAAAAGCUUUUUUUAAUUUCUUUUUUUAAAAAUUGUUUUCUCUUACUUUCUCGCUUCCCAAACACAACUAUUCCUCUCGCCUGUUUACUACUAGACUAGUAGUAGCAUUCUUCUACCUGUCCUUCACUCAAAUUCCGUCUCGCUCAAAGCAAAGAAAGGCGAAAAGAAGCAACUUUUUUUUUUUUUGAGAGUUAGGUUGAAAAUUUGAAGUUUAAGCCAAUGGGAGCUCGUUGCUCCAAACUUUCACUUUGCUGGUGGCCGUCAAAUCUCAAGUCAAACCUCAACGACUCCUCCGAUCUCGAGAAUGGGGAGGAAGCGUUACCUGGAUUCAGCGAGUACAGGUUGGACCAAUUAAGAGCUGCCACAGCAGGUUUCUCUACGGACAACAUUGUAUCGGAGCAUGGAGAAAAAGCUCCCAAUGUAGUUUACCGAGGGACCCUCGACGAGGAUCGCUUGAUUGCUGUUAAACGCUUCAACAGAUCGGCUUGGCCUGAUCCUCGACAGUUCCUCGAAGAAGCGAGAGCAGUUGGGCAGUUAAGAAGCGAUCGGUUGGCCAAUUUGAUUGGUUGUUGCUGUGAAGGAGAUGAGAGAUUGUUAGUAGCUGAGUUUAUGCCUAAUGAGACUCUCUCUAAGCAUCUUUUCCACUGGGAAAAUCAGCAUAUGAAAUGGCCGAUGAGGCUGAGAGUGGCACUAUAUCUAGCACAGGCACUUGAAUAUUGCAGUAAUAGAGGGAGAGCGUUAUACCAUGACCUUAAUGCUUAUAGAAUCUUGUUUGAUCAGGAUGGUAAUCCCAGACUCUCUAGCUUUGGCCUUAUGAAGAACAGCAGAGAUGGAAAAAGUUAUAGUACAAACUUGGCUUUCACCCCUCCAGAAUACCUAAGGACAGGAAGGGUUAUCCCGGAGAGUGUGGUUUACAGUUUUGGCACCCUUUUGCUUGAUCUUCUCAGUGGCAAGCAUAUACCACCAAGCCAUGCACUGGACCUAAUACGGGGAAAAAACUUUUUGAUGCUGAUGGACUCAUGCCUGGAGGGUCAAUUUUCAAAUGAUGAUGGAACUGAGUUAGUGCGGUUAGCUUCACGCUGUUUGCAGUAUGAACCUCGUGAGAGGCCAAAUGUGAAGUCUCUUGUAACUGCUCUUACCCCACUUCAGAAAGAAACUGAGGUACCAUCACAUGUUUUGAUGGGCAUUCCACAUGGAAUGGCAUCUUCAAAGCAAACAAUGGUACUAACACCUUUGGGAGAAGCCUGCUCAAGAAUGGAUCUUACUGCAAUACAUGAAAUAUUAGAGAAGAUUGGAUACAAAGAUGAUGAGGGGAUUGCAAAUGAGCUUUCUUUCCAAAUGUGGACAGAUCAAAUACAGGAGACUCUGAAUUCCAAAAAACGUGGAGAUACUGCUUUCCGAGCAAAAGAUUUUGGAACAGCCAUUGAAUGCUACACUCAUUUCAUUGAUGGGGGCACGAUGAUAUCACCAACCGUGUUUGCUAGACGCUGCUUAUGCUACUUGAUGAACAACAUGGCACAAGAAGCACUUGGAGAUGCUAUGCAAGCACAGGUAAUAUCUCCAGAGUGGCCGACAGCAUUUUAUCUCCAAGCUGCCGCCCUGUUUAGCCUUGGGAUGGACAACGAUGCACAGGAAACCCUGAAAGAUGGUACGAACUUGGAAGCCAAAAAACAUAGAAACUGAAAGCUCAUACCCUUUUUUUUUUUUUUUUGCCUUUUUAACUUCUAAAUAGCUCAUCUUGUAUCUUCCUGUCAUAUUUCCCCCCACCCCUUCGGUCUAUUGUUAAUGUGAUCUCAGCACCACAGUAAUUGUAACGUUCAUAGUCUGGUUUUGGUGUUUUGUUUUGUUGUCUUUUAUUUCACGCAUUCCCAACACUUUAUUUUAAGACGAUAACCACAAUGAAUGUUUCAUUUUCUCUUUUUGAGUUUGACUUCAAGGAAA